AUGGGUGACCCAAUCGACGAACCCAGCAUGGCGUCGCUGAACGCCGCGAAGCAGCAUCUCAGGGCUGCUAUGAAGCAGAAGCUCAAGGCGCUCCCCCAUGACGCCAUCCUGUCACAAAGCUUCAAAGUCUACCAGACCCUGCGUACUCUUAAGCCGUACGCGAAUGCAAAGAGGAUAAGCGUCUUCCUGUCCAUGCCGAGCGGGGAGAUCCAGACCGAUGCUAUUGUUAGGGACGCGCUGGCGACCGGGAAACAAGUCUUCAUCCCGUACCUCCACAAGAACCCCGCACCAGCCCCAGGCCACCCGGCGCGCGUCAUGGACAUGGUGUGCCUGAGAGAUCUCGCCGAUUACGAGUCGCUCAAGCCAGAUAAAUGGGGCAUCCCUAGCCUCGAUGCGGCGACCGUCCGCGGGAGGCAGAGAUUGUUUGGCGAUGGUCCUGAUGGGCAGCCCGCGAACGAACUACUGCUGGAUCUCAUCCUUAUGCCAGGCGUGGCGUUCGAUGUGAGCCCGAACGGCGACCAGAUCCGUCGGCUUGGACACGGCAAGGGCUUCUAUGACUAUUUUCUUAGCCGGCACGAGGCUAAGGCUGCAUCGCUAGGGCAGCAGGAAUCCCCUGUAUUGCUUUAUGGCUUAGCGCUGUCGGAACAGCUCCUAUCUCCAUCCGAGGGGGCGGUACCUGUUGGGCCCCAUGACAAACCGUUACACGGCUUAAUCCUUGGCAACGGUGAGAUCAAAGGACCGCUGGCGCCUCCUGUAAACAAAACAGACUAA